AGCUCUCCGAACAAACUCUCUGAAAUCUCCCUGUGCGGAAUAACUUCAUCAUCUUCAUCAUGACUCUUGAGGAGGUUCUGAUCCAGAAAACCGCCGAGCGUGCCCAGUGCACCGGCCAAGCCCUGGAGGAGGUCCUGGUGUCGGCCAAAGACAACCAGUCUCUCACCGUGGGUGUCUACGAGUGCGCCAAAGUUAUGAAUCUUGAUCCGGACAGUGUGUCCUUCUGCGUCCUGGCCACGGACGAGCAGUUCGAGUGUGACAUCGCUCUGCAGAUCCACUUCACCCUCAUCCAGUCCUUCUGCUUCGACAACGACAUCAGCAUCAUCCGAGUGAGCGACGUGCAGCGUCUGGCUGAGCUCGUUGGAGACAAGGCGGAGCAGCUGGAAGACGCUCACUGCGUCCUCAUCACGAACCCAGCUGAGGGCUCUUGGGAGGACCCUGCUCUGGAGAAGCUGCACCUGUUCUGUGAGGAGAGCCGCCGUCUGAACGACUGGGUCCCGGAGGUCAGCCUCCCCGCCCGCUGAUCGGGGCCCCGGCUCCCCUCUUGCUCAGAUGCUGUGAAGCUUCUUAUCAUGAAAUACUCAUCCCGAUGAGGAUGACCCUGUUUCUACUCAUCCCUGGAUACUCCUGAGGAGGUUUCCCGUCCAGGCAGCACGGCGCCGGCCCCGAGGAGGGGCCCCCGUGAACCGUCGCCUCUUGUCCCGUCCAUGCCCAGAUGACUCUCAUUCUUUAUGUGAACGAGGUCGGGCAUGCUACAAGAGCGACUAGCGACCCUCAUUCUUUGUGCGGAUGAGGUUUGGAGAGGAAGGAGAAGCGAGUUCUGCGUCCUGUGGUUCCACAGAGCAAACGUCGCACGUUGACACGCACGCGCAGCAGGAGAAGAAGCGGUGCGGAGGAAGAGGCCUUUUUAAAAAGAGACUUUUUUAAAAGUGUCCUCUUCGCUGAGCAACACGACAUCAGUUGCAAUCAGCGCAAAUGUUUCCCACUUUCCAGAAUGGUCUUAAUUCUCUAAAGGUUUCACUUUAGAAAUUUAAUGAUGACAUGAAAAUAUAAUUAAAAAAAGUCUUGGGAAAAAAGGAUCUAAAGGUUUUUACUUUAGAAAAAUUUAACAAUGACAAAAAAAUAUUAUAAAAACAAGUUUUUGGGAAAAGCAUCUAAAGGUUACACUUUAGAUUUUUAACAAUGAUUUAAAAAAGAUAAACAUAAAAACAAGAAUAAUAUGUCUUUUCUCUAAAGGUUUCACUUUGGAAAAUGGAUGAAAUGAGUAAAUGUACAAGAUGAUGUCAUGAAAGCUUCAUGUCAGAGAAACAGAAGAAUCUGCUCCUCUUGUUGGAAACUAAUUUAAUAUUGUGAACACGUUACAAGUUGUGUGAAAUGAUGAAUAAAAAUCAACAAAUCAUAA